AUGAGCCAAGAAGGAACGCAGGACAAAAUGUGCGAAUUCCAAAAGGUGAGAAUGUUGAUGGAGCAGCGACUCAAUGUUACUGUUGAAGAAAUAUUUGGAGUGUUGGAAAGAACCAUAGCAGAGUACGAGGAGGAACUUUCUAGGACAAAGGAGGAGAACAAACGUCUACAAGAACUACUGGAUGCUGUUUUCAAACCUCAAGUUGUGCUACACAGAGCAGACGUCCAGCAGCCCCCCCACUUUAAGGAGGAAGAGGAGGAUCCACAGCACCCCCACAUUAAAGAUGAAGAGGUGGAAUGUUGGAUCACUCAGGAGGAGGCUGAUCUCACCAAGUUUCCACUGACUGUUGUCUCUGUGAAGACUGAAGAGCAUGAAGACAAACCAACUGAGUCCUCACAGCUUCAUCACAGUCCAAACGUCUGUGAAGAACAUCUUCUCUCUGAGCAACAUGAGUGGAGCUUCAGGAUGGCGAAGGAGGAGCCUCAGCCCUCUUACUUUAAAGAGGAAGACAAGGACCCACUCACCCCCCACUUUAAAGAUGAAGAGGUCCCAGAGACCCCACACUUUAUAAAGAAAGUGAAGGACCCACUGACCCCCAACAUUAAACAGAAUACGGAGGAACCACUGACCACCCACUUUAAAAAGGAAGAGGAGGCGCCACAUACCUCCCGCAUUAAAGAAGAGGAGGUGGAACACAGCAUCAGUCAGGAGGGAGAUAAUCUUGAAGGACUGGUGGAGUUCCCAGUGACUGGUGUCCCUGUGAAGAGUGAAGAUGAUGAGGUCAAAGGUGAAAGUGAGGAGAAGAGAGAGGCGGAGCCUCCAAGCAGCAGCUCAACACAACACAUGACAACAGAAGCUGAUGGAGACCACUGUGGAGGAUCACAAGCAGACAAGCUCUUAGCUCCACUAUCAGAUAGUGAGGACACAACGUCACACUCUCCUGACACUGAUGAUGAAGACUCUAAAGAUGAUAAGACAUGUCACACUGACAACACUCACUUCAAAUGUUCUCACUGCGACAAAUCCUUUAAAUACCGUUGUCUUCUGAAAAGACACAUGAGUACACACACUGGAGAAAAACCUUUUACCUGUUCAAUCUGUAGUAAAGGUUUUUUAGAGAGUUGCAAUUUGAAAGUACACAUGAGAACACACACUGGUGAAAAACCUUUUAUCUGUUCAAUCUGUGGUAAAGGUUUUACUCACAGUCAGAAUUUGAAAGUACACAUGAGAACACACACUGGUGAAAAACUUUUUUCCUGUUUAACCUGUGGUAAAGGUUUUGCACAAAGUCAGAGUUUGAAAAAACACAUGAAAGUACACAGUGGAGAAAAACCUUAUGUCUGUUCAGUCUGUAGUAAAAGUUUUGCACAAAGAAACCAUUUGGAAGUACACAAGAGAACACACACUGGUGAAAAACCUUUUACCUGCUCAAUCUGUGGUAAAGGUUUUAGAGAAAGUCACAAUAUGAAAACACACAAGAGAACACACACUGGUGAAAAAUCACACUCCUGUUCAAUCUGCAACAGAAGCUUUUGUCAACGAACAAACCUUGUAGCACACAUGAGAACACACCCAGGAGAGAAAGUGUUGAGCUGCAGUGUGUGUGGUGAAAGAUUCUCUCAUAAGUACCAGUGUGAGAAACACAAGUGUGCUGGUGAGAACAGCAGCAGCAAAUGAAACUGCAGGAUUUGAAAUAAACUGUCAAGACUUAAAUUUUGACUUUCUAACAACAUCAGCACAUAUAACAUGUGUGACAUUGUUGUUUGUGUAACAAUGCUUCUACAUUUAUGGAUUAUAUAUUUUUUAUUAGUGCUUUUUUCAGUCAAGUACAUGCAUUAAUAUGCAACUUUGUGUACUUUUACUAAAAAAGAACAGAACAAUUUGACUGAAAAAGUGACAGUAAACAGUACAAUGAUUUUUUUUACACACAAACAUUUUAUGUGUAUAUAUAAUCAUAAUACAAUUUUAGACUUAUUCCUAAGUGUUUUCUAUAGGUGUUUGAAAUAUUGAAGUGUUACAUAUUUUCAUUUCUAAUUGUUAAUGAUCCCAUAGAUUAGCACUUUCAUAUGAUAUACCGUAUUUUCCGCACUAUUAGCCGCACCUAAAAACCACAAAUGUACUCAAAAGCUGACAGUGCGGCUUAUAACCCGGUGCGCUUUAUAUAUGGAUUAAUAUUAAGAUUCAUUUUCAUAAAGUUUCGGUCUCGCAACUACGGUAAACAGCCGCCAUCUUUUUUCCCCGUAGAAGAGGAAGUGCUUCUUCUUCUACGCAAGCAACCGCCAAGGUAAGCACCCGCCCCCAUAGAACAGGAAGCGCUUCUUCUUCUACUGUAAGCAACCACCCGCCCGCGUAGAAGAAGAAGAAGAAGCGCGCGGAUAUUACGUUUCAUUUCCUUUGUGUGUUUACAUCUGUAAAGACCACAAAAUGGCUCCUACUAAGCGACAGGUUUCCGGUUCAUGAAAAGACGCAAUCUCUCCAUCCGCACACGGACUACUAUUUCACAGCAACUGCCUAAAGACUUUCAAGAAAAGCUGGCUACUUUCCGUGCAUAUUGUAAAAACAAGAUAGCUGAAAAAAAGA